CGCCACCAUGAACGGGACCCUGAUCCCCCAUACGCCCAUCGCGGUGGACUUUUGGAGCCUGCGCCGGGCUGGUUCCGCACGGCUCUUCUUUUUGUCCCACAUGCACUCGGACCACACCGUGGGUUUGUCUAGCACCUGGGCCCGGCCCCUCUACUGCUCCCCAAUCACUGCUUACCUCGUGCAUCGUCACUUACAGGUAUCCAAGAAGUGGAUCCGAGCCCUGGAGGUUGGUGAGAGCCAUGUCCUGCCUCUAGAUGAAAUUGGGCGAGAGACCAUGACUGUAACCCUCCUGGAUGCCAAUCACUGCCCUGGCUCUGUCAUGUUUCUCUUUGAAGGAUACUUUGGAACCAUCCUCUACACAGGUGACUUUCGGUAUACACCAUCCAUGCUAAAGGAGCCAGCCCUGAAACUAGGGAAACAGAUCCAUACCUUAUACCUAGAUAACACCAACUGCAACCCAGCCUGGGUUCUUCCCUCCCGACAAGAAGCUGCCCGCCAGAUUAUUGAGCUCAUUCGAAAGCAUCCACAGCAUAACAUAAAGAUUGGACUCUAUAGCCUGGGAAAAGAGUCGCUGCUGGAGCAGCUGGCCCUAGAGUUUCAGACCUGGGUGGUAUUGAGUCCUCGGCGCCUGGAGUUGGUGCAGCUUCUGGGCCUGGCAGACGUGUUCACGGUGGAGGAGAAGGCCGGCCGCAUCCAUGCCGUGGACCACAUGGAGGUCUGCCGUUCUGCCAUGCUACAUUGGAACCAGACCCACCCUACCAUUGCCAUCCUUCCCACAAGCCGGAAAACCCACAGCUCCCACCCCGACAUCCACAUCAUCCCUUACUCAGACCACUCCUCCUACUCAGAGCUCCGGGCCUUUGUGGCAGCACUGAAGCCUUGCCAGGUGGUGCCCAUUGUUGGUCGGCAGCCCUGCAGGGACUACUUUCAGGACAGCCUGAGCCCCAGGCUCUCUGUGCCCCUGGUCCCGCACUCUGUGCAGCAGUAUAUGAAUUCCUCCUCAAGAAAACCAAGCUUGCUCUGCCUGUUGUUAGAAAGGAGACUAAAGAGGCCGAGAACCCAGGGUGUCGUGUUUGACUCCUUUCCGGAAACUGCUGAUCAAUCUCAAGGUGACAUGGACUCGCAGGAGGCCAAGAAUGACAACCUUUCUGGGCACCUCGAGAAGCAGGCUUCCCACCGUCCUUUGCAGAUCAAAAAACCGUUGCUUCCGGACCUCUGCAGCAAAGAGUGGGAUGGGGCAGUCCCUUUCUCAGAGUCCCAGAAGAUGGUGACUGUACUGACUGCCCCCUUGAAUGUGUCAGUGCACUUACGGUCUACAGAUGAGGAAUUUAUGUCUCUAGAAACUGGGGAGGAAAUUGGUGUGUGGCCCCACUCGGUCCCCAGGGGAAACCAUGAUGGCUUAGCAGCCACAGGGAACCAGAGCACUUGGACGGGCCAGGAUUGUCCCCUGACUCACAGCAGCGAGGCAGCCCCUCUCCUGGCUCCUGAGUUCAGGGGCCUGGCACUGAAAUACCUUCUGACUCCAGUGAACUUUUUCCAGGCCCAGUUCUCUUCCAGGGGCUUUGACCAGCAAGUGGAAAAAUACCAUAAACACUUGCUGAGGUACAGGGAGGAGAAUGACACCUUCGUUUGAUCCAACACCGUGGUUGUAAAGAUAGUGACCCAUGGCUGCUGGAGAGACUUUGUUUUGGGCCUUACUUUUCUAAAAAUAUUUUUUUUUACAUUUAUUCAUUUUUGAGAGAUAGAUG